AUGGCCGGCUCCACCAACGACUUCCCCAACGGUGCGCCCUUCUACCUGGACGCCACCCAGCAAGACCUCCUCUUGGCCGCCCUUGCCUCCAACAGCCAGAAUACGGCCGAUCUCUUCUCGGCGGGUCUCGAAAAUGGAAACGAUAACAAGCAACCCAUGGACGCUGCCCAGUUCCUGGACCCCGCUUACUUCACCUCGCCCCAACAAUCCACCGCCACCAAUAACUUCAACAAUGUCGCCAUGGAAGAAAGCCCGUUUAUCGACUACCUCGACGGCGACAACGCCUUCGACUUUGACACUCCCGACGGCGAUAUGAUUGGCGGGCUCCCUGGCGACACCCCCGCCGACUCGAGCGAGAAGCGGAAGAGCCCGGGCGACGAGAAUGCCGACGACGACGAAGGAGGAGGCAAGCGCCGCGAGGGUGAAGACAAGCAGGCCAAGAAGCCGGGUCGCAAGCCACUGACUUCGGAGCCCACAACGAAGCGCAAGGCCCAGAACCGUGCCGCUCAACGCGCAUUCCGAGAACGCAAGGAGAAGCACCUGAAGGAUCUCGAGACCAAGGUCCAGGAACUCGAAAAGGCUUCUGACGCCACCAACCACGAAAACGGUUUGCUGCGAGCGCAGGUGCAAAGGCUGCAAAUGGAGCUCCGAGAGUACCGCAAACGCCUGUCCAUGAACAGCAGCGGCCUAAUCCGCAACGCUCCUCUCGCUGGAGGCUUCAGCUCCAUGCUCAACACCAAUGGAAACAAUAACUUUUCUUUCGAGUUCCCACGAUUUGGCAAUCUUCCAGGCACCCAGCUGCUGGACAACGGCCCGCUGGCCAAGAACAAGAACCCAUCAGUCUCAUCCAGUGUAUCAGGAAGACAAAACAGUACCGGAUCCGUCCUCAGCCCGUCCAGCAGAGCCAGCGGCUCCACCACCAACUCUCCCGCCCCAAUCGAUACGGGGAACAAGACUCAGCGCUCGGGCAGCUUGAACGGCUUCUUUGGUUUCAACUCGGGCACAUUAAACAAAGGCAGCGCCCGUAGCAACACCGAAAGCUCCAUCGGCUCGCAAUCCCGUGUGUUCCAGUUCAACAGCGGGUCGUCUACUCAUUCAGACUCGCCGUCGACGUCGUCGACGUCGCCCACCAACCAAAAUUCCUCAUGUGGAACAUCGCCAGAACCAAGUCACACCUCGCCCAACCAGCAGACGGACACAAUUACAGACGGUUAUGUUUGUCAUGGAAAUUCCGAAGGUGAGGUGCUCUUCUGCGAAAAACUCAACAUGGCCUGCGGCAAUCCUCGUAAUCCCAUGCCUCGUGCAAUGUCCCAGUCUGACGACAAACCUUCUCCCGCAGUCUUAUCCACCAAAUCACCCACGCCUGCCCUCAGCGGCAUCGACUACCUCGCGACCCAAAACGGCGGUCAAUUCGAUCCCACGCUCUUUGGAGAGUACCGAGAUACUCAAAACGCCAUUGUCGGCGACGGCGAUUUCACUGGUGGCUUCUUCAAUGAUGCUUUCCUCAACACGGGCUACGGCAGUCCCUUCCACUUUGGCGACACGCCCGCUGUACAAAAGCCAAACCCUCUCGAGGAGAUUGAACGUGCGCAGGAUGGACAGGAUGGCGAUGACGAGGUGGUUCCAGGCGAGGAUGUCAACUCGCUUCUCAACUGCCACAAGAUUUGGGACAAGCUCUCAAGUCGCCCAGACUUCAAGGAUGGCACCAUCGAUAUCGACAAUUUGUGCUCAGAGCUUCGUGCCAAGGCCCGUUGUUCUGAAAGCGGCGUCGUUGUUGAUCACAAGGAUGUUGAGGCAGCCUUGCAGCGACUGCCCAAGGACAACAAGCUCGCUGGCUGA